CAACCCACACCCCUGUCCUGUUGUGUGUGCAGUGCUGUCUUGGCAGGUCAAUAUCAACGUCACGUCCUCUGUUCUUUUAACUCUUUUCGAAUCCUCUCCACUACAAACACGAAUCGCAAUUCGCCGACUUCAUUUCACAGGACACCAACUAGCAAAAUAAAGCCCUUCAAGAUAACCGCCGACGACGCAAUGAUCCCCCACACCCAGAAAGCCCGCACCCUCGCCCACAUGAACAGCGAUCACCGUCGCGACAUGCGCUACAUUCUUCUUCACUACCCGGCCAUCCCGCCCGCCCCUGCCUCUUUAAGGGAAAAAGAAGAAGAAGAUGGCGAUGAUCCCAUCAUGCUCGACAUCUCCCUCAGUUCAAUCACCCUCCGUCUGCCCGGCUCCGACACAACCCACUCGGUCGCCUUUGAUCCCCCGCUAGCAGACUGGGGAGAGCGGAGGGCGAGGCUGGUGGAGAUGACUCGGUCCGCGAGAGCUGCGCUGGGGAUCUCGGAGGAGGGCGCCGAUGAGGGUGACGACAGCACGGAGGGGAAACAGGUGGUCGUGGUCAGCGAGUACAUGCCCCCGCGUGCGCCGUACGACUUGGCCAUUAUUAUCGGGGUGCUGGUUUACUCUGCAUGCUUUGGGUUGAUAUGCGCGGGGCUGGUUGAGCGAGGCACGGCGGUCGGAAGGGUGGUGGAGGCGGCGCGGUUUCCUGGUGGAUUGAGAGGUUUCACCUGGUUUGUCAGGGACGUAUUAUUUUGGCCAACGUUGGUGGUUCAUAGUACCGAGACGUGGUGGCUUGAGAGGAGCAGGCUCAGGCAGUAUGGGGUGAAAAGGGGGAGUAAGGUGUGGUGGUUAUGGAUGGGAAGCGUGUUUGUCGAGGGGUUCAUGGUAUUCAAGAGGUUUGAUAUUGUUGUUCAGAGGUUGAGGGCGCAGGCGAAAAAGCGGCAGUAGUAGGAGUUGGGCUGGUUGAGGUGGUGACAUGACGACUCCUUGAUUCCCACGUCGUGACCUAUGUGUCCUAGGUGGUUCACGAAAUGCUCCUCGGAACCUUGUAGGUCGAUCUGAUGGUGCUGGUAGCAGCACCUCGUACCUCGGCUCAAAUCUGUGAUGGAUAGUGGAGUAUAAGGAUGCAACUACUAUACCUCUCCAUCCUUAUCUAACAACCACCUCGUCGCAGUUCAGUACAUACACACUUGCAAAAGACAAAAAUAUAAGUCCGCUAAGAUAACUAGACAACGUCAACACAAAUGUUGAACAAAAGGAAAUGCCCAGUAACAGGAUUGAACUGUUGACCUUCGCAUUAACUUGAUAUAACAGGGAUGUUAUAUUAGUACGACGCUCUGACCAGCUGAGCUAACCGGGCUG